AUGCCCCUGCUGUAAUGAGCUGACAAUGCUGUACUGAAACCUCAAACAAUAUUAGAUUCUUUUUGUGAACUACAAGCUGUUUUGUAGUACUGACAUACAGGGGCGGACUGACAACUCAUGGGGCCCCCGGGCAAUAGGGGAUCAUGGGGCCCCUGUGUCCUCACCCACACUCAAACCACACCCAGAAAAGCCUAUGAAAGGUACCAGGGGCAUCUCAUGGGGCCCCCUACUGACCCCGGGCCCUCGGGCAGUGCCCGAGUUUCCAAA